AUGAAUAUCCAUAAAUUUGUUGGCUCACCUGCCGGUGGUACAGUGCCAGGAAGUCACCGCCAGCGGGCUGCGAAAGCCUGCUUUUCGUGUGCUGAAUCGAAAUUACGUUGUGAAGGAGGAAAACCGUGCAGGCGAUGUGUCGAACGAGGUUUGCCCUGCCGUUUCCCUCAAAAAUCACGCCCAGAACAGAGCACGCGUCGGAAGUCACCAUGUUCAAUCGACAAGUCGCAGCCUACCACACCACCCUCUGAAAUAGUUGUGUUUUCAGGUUCAACCAAUCGCGAACUUCAGUCAACGUCCACCCCGCCUGUAAAUCGUAUGGAUAAUGAUAAUCACUCAAUUUCGGGUCUGGUCGACACUGUAAAUCCUACCGAAAUGCAAGUAGCUUCUGGACAGAUCGGCACAGGUUUCACAAUCGGACAAGAAAACAGCAUACUCGGCCCAAACAAUAUUGAACUUCAGCAACCUUCUUCCACUGAAGGCGAAGAUUGGUUCACUAAAACCGCAGAUCUCUUUCCCGCUUUAGAUGAAAUGAUGUCCGUUUGUGUGUCUAAUGAUUUUCAACAGCAUAUUCUUGUGCACCUCGAGCAGUCUACGCGAUAUAGCAUCCUCAGCUCAAUGUUGCCUCUUGCAGACUCUGCAAAUCACCACCGCCUUCUUUCAUCUUUUCCAUCUAUCAGAGUCCUGGAACACCUGCUGUCCAUGGAACUUGCGGAACACAGCCAGGAAGCAGACUCAUGGCUUCAUGUUCCAAGCUUUGACCCGAACACUGCAUCCACGGAAUUAGUCAUUGGCCUUAUCGUUACCGGUGCUUUCCGGUCCGUCAACGUUGUGUUUCUGAAAUUUGCUCUUGCUUUACACGAGCUUCAUCGAGAGCUGAUCGCUCGUUUGUUUCGCCGUGAUGUCCGCAAUGCUCGAUUGCUUGACCCUUUCCAGUCCUAUGUGCUUUUGAUUCAAGCCGGGCUGUGGAGUGGGGAUAGUCGGCGAAUCGAAAUCAGUGAGAGCCUCUUCAAUAUGCCAUUUAUUAUGUUAAGGAGGGGGGAUUAUCUACGAUUUCCGUAUCCCGAAGGCAUAUCGCCACAGACGUACGACAACGAUCUUGAUCUGAAAGAGAAAUGGCAUGCGUGGGUUGACUAUGAAUCUAAAAAAAGACUUGUUUUACAUCUGCUCAUACUCAGCACCCAGUACUCCAUGACAUUCCUGGCACCACCCCCACUAACAAACACUGAGAUGCACACUGGCUUGCCAGUAGCGCAAGCAAUUUGGAAUGCGCCCUCAGCUGAGGCGUGGCGGGCAGCCUGGCUCAGCCUUGGUCACCCACCACAGUUGUCAAUUCGCACUUGUAUCGAAGACCUCAACAAUCUGUCUUCCCUUGGAAACUCUGUGGACACUAGAUACACAGCUCUAGUGGCACUCUGUGGUCUAUGGUCGAAUACAUGGCAGUACAAGGAGCGCCUGAAGGCCCGUGGCAUAACACCAGGUGCCACGCAAAACAAGCAUAUAUUCAGCACUCAAGCACUCUAUCAAGAAGCGAAAGAAUCAUUAGAGUCCUUUGCGACCGUACACAUGCAGUGGCUUGGUCCGAUGGACCCUUCCCUUGUCGUUCUACACGAGCGGCAGCUUAUGUACCUUCAUGUCUUUCUCGAAGAUCUGCAAUUGCUUGGCGGAAAGUAUGGUGAGCGCGAAGCACGCCGUGUCUUCCCACGACUCAAAGAGUGGGCUGAAAGUCGAUCUUGCCGACAAGCCAUGUGGCAUGCUGGUCAGAUCUUGCGAGAAGCACGUCGCAAUGGCGAUCCCACAUUAAGAGUGUCCACAGUUCUUGCGAUCUAUCACGCUAGCCUGAUUUUGUGGUCAUACUCAAUAAUUUCUAAGGCACAACUAUCGGAUAACUCUACAGAUUGCAGUUCGCAGCUGAAGCAUAGAUCCCCAGAGGCAUUGUCUAAGGAGACAGAGGUAGUAUUAGACGGCGAUCAUACUCCAGUUGUGCAACAAUUUUUAGUGUCGGGGUUUGGAAAGCCCUGCAUUACGCAUGGUCGUCAAGGAACGAACGGCGUGGAGAAUACGACUAUUGAAGUCAUACGUCAGCCUGAAAUUAUGGCUGUCUUCCAGGAUUUGUUAUCUGAGAAGUAUUUGACUGAUUAUCAAGAUUGUCCCAACUUAGUCGGCAACCUGAUGCGUCUUAUUGGGAAGCUUGGCCAAGCUACAGAGUUGGUGCAACGUCGGCAAUUUUAG